AUGGUGGUCCUGUAUGUGUACGCGAUCCAGCAUACAGGUCCCUCGGAGGCGUUAAGUCCUUACCUAGAAGCUGCGACUCGAUGCAAAAAUCAAAUGUCCAAUGCAGCCGAGCCUGACUCUCUUGCUUCACGGUACUGUCUUGUGCUCGAAGAAUUACGCGUGGAGGCAGUGGGACGAUCUACGCAACCGGUCACUGACAAUAAUAUAUCCACAACGUCUGGGACUGUAGAAGUGCUUGGGGGGUCAGCACCUAUGAAUGACAACGGCGGCUCACCUGUAUUGAUGCCAGCAUUUGACAACCAAGAGGGCGCGCUGGACUUCUACGCGAGUCCCCAAAGCUCGGGCAUUGACAUUACCGGUUGGAUGGAGUUUGAAUCAAUGUUUUUUCCAACCGCUGCAGGCUUUGGUCCUGAUACACACCUCUAG